CGGCCAGUUUGAUUUGAACCGCUCGAAGAGUCGGACGGCCGUGUGCGACACACUCUUUUCGAGCCCCCUCGAGCGCUGCCGCGUGGCUGUACCAAGCAUCUUUUAAGAUAUUAUAUAGUGAGCGAGAAGAAAAUGCUGCGCGCGUGAACCCGUACUAGAAAAGUACAAAAUUCUUUGUUUUCUUUCUGUGUGUUACCGUCGCGCUAUCAUCCCGAGAAACAAAUUGAACAACCGAUCGACGAUUUCAAGAGGGAAAGAUACGGAAAGGAAAGAUUUUUCGCAGCCUCUCCUUGCUUGCAGAGGUCGUCUCUUUCGUGAAAACCAAUGUGACGCUAGAAAACGAUUACGAAAGGAGAACGUAAACAUGGCCGUGUAACAGAGAGAAGCCUCACACACACACACACACACACUCUUUUUCUCUCUCUCUCUCUCUUUCUCUCUCUCUCUCUUUCUCUGACUCAGGCGUCUCUCGCAUUAUUUAGGCGGUAACUUCGUCUGAAGACGGAGACGCCGGGACGCGAUGAACCGCGCGCGUGCACCGCGUGUGAAUGGCAGCGCUCGUCUUAAGUAAGAAAAGUGUUUGCGCGUCGUUCACGGGGGAGAGAGCGUUUUAUUUUUUUAUCGCAAGAUCAACGUCGUCCGAUAACACCCGCGCCUCUUUAUCGAUUCUCCCGCGUGUAUCGCCGUGCGCUUGUUUAUAAUGGAUAUAGUAUCGAACACAUUGGAUAUUUUCACGGGGACCAAUAGAUUGCCGAUCAGCAAUGCGGAAGUCACGAGUUAUCAGUCGUCCUUUUACUCACCACCGGCCACCGAGGCGUCUCAAUCGUGUUACGAUUCUAGUAGCGGUGGAGAAUCCGAUAGCGAAUAUUUUAGCCGAUGCAAUAAAGAACAAAGUCAAGUGCAAAAUCGAGCGCAAAAUCAAGUGCAAGAUCAAAUACCCUCUACCGCGUCUAAUCAAGGAAAACACAUAAACAAAGGAAGAUGGACCAAAGAAGAAGACGCUUUGUUGAAGCAAUUAGUAAGCACCGCGGAGCAGCUCGGUACCGGUCCACGAUGGGAUGUUAUAGCCAGUCAUUUUCCAGAUCGAAGCGAUGUUCAGUGCCAGCAGAGAUGGGCGAAGGUCGUGAACCCGGAGUUAGUCAAAGGCCCAUGGACAAAGGAGGAAGAUGAAAAAGUGGUUGAACUUGUGGAGAGAUACGGCCCGAAAAAAUGGACUUUAAUCGCGCGACAUCUUAAGGGUCGUAUCGGUAAACAGUGCCGAGAGCGAUGGCACAAUCACUUGAAUCCAGAAAUAAAGAAGACCGCGUGGACAGAGGCGGAAGAUAAAAUAAUCGUCGAGGCUCAUCGUAGGGUUGGCAAUCAAUGGGCAAAAAUUGCUAAACUUUUACCGGGCAGGACUGACAAUGCAAUAAAAAAUCAUUGGAAUAGCACGAUGAGAAGGAAGUACGAAGGUGAGGAAGGAAGAGUUGUGGUCAAAGUAACAAAAUUUGCAGGUAGAGGUAAGAAGAGAAACGCGGAAAGUGCUUCUCUUCUUCUGGAAGACAGUCAGAGUCAGCCGAAACCCGCCUUGACUAGCUCGACGGAGGUCAGCACCUCGCAAACCUUCGACAUAAAUCAGGUUGAUUGGGUCAGAGCUUGGGAACAUCAGCAGACUUCAACAAAUUAUCAGAACGCUCAGAUAAAUAAGCAGCGUACUCAUGGCGGUGAAAAACGUGUGCAAUCUCCGUCAAAAAGAGGAUUGUCUCGAACGAAAACCGAGACAAUUUCGUUUCCUAAAUAUUACAAUCUGCAGCAAAUGCAGAACGAAACUGUCGGUUCGAAAAGCUCGGAAAUCAAAUUGAUGCCGAUGCCCGAUUUAGAGGAAAUGUCCGAGGAUCAGUUGGAGAAGGAAAAGAGCAGCCCGCCUCCUAUAUUACGAAGACGUAAAACCAUGUAUUUGCACAGGACAAACAUCUCCAACGAUAGCGGGAAUCAUUCGGAUUACCUCAUAAUCGGUCAGCACUCGCAAACGGAAAAUAUCACUCCCUCAACUCCCAUUAAGCAACUUCCGUUCAGCCCGUCGCAGUUUUUCAAUAAUUUGAGUCCGGAAACGUCCUGGGUGCAUGCGAGUACUCCCAAAGCAAGUAGUCCGGGUCCGCUCACGACUCCGCAACCUACCGGGUUUCGACGAAAUCAACACGACGGUAAUUCGCCAAGAACGCCAACGCCCUUUAAAAACGCUCUUGCUGAGUUUGAGCGGCGGAGUGGCGCCGCUCAAUUACCCGCAACGCCUAGUCGUUUGGACGCGUUGAACGAGAUAAUCAAGCAAGAGACCGAUCGUGAAAGUCUUGCCGGUACAAGCUCGAAUACGAUCUUCCAGGAUUCUGGUUACGGCACCGUACGAAGAAGAGGCAAAGAGAAUAGCGCGCCCGGAGGAAAGCGAGCGCGUAAAGCUCUCUGUCAGUCUUGGGCUCAGUCAAGUCAGGACAACUCCGAUAUAAGUUUUCUUGUAGAGACGCCGAGUAAAAGUUUGGACACUUCUGCUCUAUUCUCACCAGCAACUAUGGCUCUAGACGAUAAUUUUUUAACGGCAGGAACCAGUCCCGCUAAGACUCCUCACGACUUUAUGUUCGUACAACGGAAGCCUAAUGCCAAGAGGGCGAUCACGUUCGACGCUCCGUUAGACAGUCCCUGUAUCAUCAGCCCUCUACCUCUCAGGCCGGUAAAACGCGCUAAGUUAAAAUUAGAAGCGCAAUGGACAACGGUGGCGUGUGGUCGCACGCGUGAUCAGCUCGAAAUGACUCGCGCCGCCCGACGUUUUCUGAACAAUCACGGGUUCCUGCCGUUGCGUCCGCGGUCUCUGAAUUUCUGAAACAGACAAAAGAGAAUAGAAAACAAACUUGCGCUCGGUCGCACUUUGUGGUACAAAAAAAAAAAAAAAAGCAUAUUGCUAAAACUAGUCGUAGGUGAAAAUGGAGAGAACGCUUCCGUUUAAGGAAUGCGCGGCCGCUUAUUGGAAUUUUUGACGCGUUUAUACGAAACUCGAGGCGAAUUAACUUCGCCAAAUUCGAUCGAUUGAUCUCGAUGCGCGGUACUAAGAUUAAUUCUGCAGCGCAUGAAUUCUCUUCACAUAAUAACGAAAAAUUAAUGAUGUAAAUAUCUCGAAUUUUUUUGGGAUAAAUUACUGAAGAUUGUUUUUUUUUUGUUACUAAUAAAAUGAUGUAUAAAGAAUAUAAU